AUGUUGAACGCAAAGAAUUGCUGUCGCACCGGCAAACCUGCCCCAGAUUCUUAUAUACCUUUGGGAGAAUGUAUAACCAUCCGAGCUAUCCGAGUGUAUUCAUCCAACCGUCCCGCCGAUGUCCCCAGCCGCGGACUCUUGUUACUUCUACCCGAUGGUUUUGGCCUUGCGCGGCACAACCUCAUCCUCGCGGACCGCUUUGCGAGUGAAGGAUGGCACGUGAUCGUGCCCGACUACUUUGAAGGCGACCCGUUGCCAAUCCAGAUGCUGCGUCGUGACAACACUCUGUCCAUCGACGAGCAGCCCUGGCCGGAGGAGGACAAGCAGAAGCUGCGCGAUCUCGACUUCCCGGCGUGGCUGCAACGACACAAUCACCCGCGGGUCUCGUCGCUUCUGAACGACCUGAUUGCUGGACUGUCGGAGCAGGCCGAAAACGCCACUAUCGUGGGUGUCGGAUACUGCUUCGGCGGCAAGCACGUUCUGAGACUGGCGAAGUCGAGUCUGAAAGCCGCGGCAGCAUUCCACCCCAGCUUCGUCGAAGCCGAAGACGUAGCGGGCAUUCAAGCACCACUGUACGCCGGUCUCGCGGAGAAGGACGACAUGGUCCCAGCCUCAUUGCCCGAGGACCUGCAGGCAUGGGCCAUCCCGAAAAUGAAGGCAAAUGUCCCAUUCACCAUGGAAAUCUAUCCGGGCGUGGGCCAUGGGUUUGCAGCGAGACCUGACACCAAUGACGACGUUAUUCGGACGCAGUACGAGAGAGCCUUUCAGAAGAGUGUGGAGCAUUUGGCAAAAACUAUAGGCGGGGAGAACUGA